GAAGAAUUAGAACGGCAAGACAAACGUGGUCGACGUGGUGACAUGACAGUCCCUGAAAGUGACUUUGAACACACCAUUUUCUUCUCAUUUUCGAGUAACUCUCAGCGGAUAUUUCGUUUUAAAUACCUGAGGGGUUUAAUUGAACCCAGUAUCAACCAUGUUUAAAGUGCAGGCAUCUCGUGCUAGCACUCUCCUACCUCGCAUACGGGAAGCAUGGCAAUUCAGACAAUUACAAAAGACAGCCACACCUUACUGUGCAGUACUAUCAACCAGUGGUCUCCAUGGCAACAGAUACCGAUCGACCGUUGUACAGGAGCAGCCAGCUGAAAAGAAAAAGAUUGAAAAAUUGAUGGUUGCCAAUAGAGGUGAGAUAGCAAUUCGAGUAUUUCGAGCAUGUACAGAGUUAGGGAUCCGUACGGUUGCUAUCUAUUCAGAGCAAGAUAAAGGUAAUAUGCACAGAGGCAAGGCAGAUGAAGCAUACCUGAUAGGAAAGGGAUUACCACCUGUGGCUGCUUACUUGUCUGUUCCUGAAAUCAUACGAAUUGCAAAGCAACACAAAGUUGAUGCUAUUCAUCCUGGAUAUGGAUUCUUAUCAGAAAGAGCAGACUUUGCCAAGGCUUGUACCGAAGCUGGUAUCAAGUUCAUUGGUCCAUCACCUACAGUCGUACAUCAGAUGGGUGACAAGGUAGAAGCUAGACAAAUUGCUAUAGCAGCAGGUGUACCGGUAGUACCUGGAACCAAUGGUCCAGUCACUACAUCACAAGAAGUUGAAGAAUUCUGUGAACAGUAUGGUUUCCCAGUUAUCCUCAAAGCAGCAUAUGGAGGAGGAGGAAGAGGAAUGAGAGUCGUCCGAUCUAUGGAUGAAGUGAAAGAGAACUUUGAAAGAGCAUCGUCUGAAGCUUUGUCAGCAUUUGGUGAUGGAUCAAUGUUCAUUGAAAGAUAUAUAGAAGAGCCAAGACAUAUUGAAGUACAAGUACUAGGUGACAAAUUUGGAAAUGUCAUCCAUCUUUAUGAGCGUGACUGCUCCGUGCAACGUAGACAUCAAAAGCUGAUUGAACUAGCCCCUGCCCCUAUGCUUGACCCCGCCCUGAGGAACAAGAUGACGUCUGAUGCUGUUAAACUUUGUCAGUCAGUCAACUAUGAGAAUGCUGGGACUGUUGAGUUCCUCCUUGAUAAACAAGGCAAUCAUUACUUUAUAGAGGUCAAUGCAAGAUUACAGGUGGAACACACUGUCACUGAAGAAAUUACAGGUGUUGACCUUGUUCAGUCUCAGAUAAAGGUUGCUGAGGGAUACAGUCUUCCAGAGCUUAGUCUAUCACAAGAUGAUGUACAGAUACAAGGGAGUGCAAUGCAAUGUAGGAUUACAACAGAGGACCCGGCUAAGAACUUUCAACCUGAUACCGGCAGAAUUGAGGUAUUCCGAAGUGGUGAAGGAAUGGGUAUUCGUAUUGACAGUGCCCUAGCUUUUGCUGGUGCUAUAGUAUCCCCUCACUACGAUUCGUUACUGGUGAAACUCAUCUCUCGAUCCAGAGACCAUCAGAGUUCAAUCAGAAAGAUGCUCAGAGCCUUGGCUGAGUUCAGGAUAAGAGGUGUUAAGACAAACAUACCAUUCUUAGAGAACGUGUUACGCCAUGAGCAGUUUGUAUCAGGUCAGGUGAAUACAUCAUUUAUUGAUGAGAAUCCUCAUCUCACAAGAGAAUUCAAACCAAGUCAAAAUAGAGCACAGAAACUUCUCUACUACUUCAGCAACCUGUUGGUUAAUGGUCCUGCCACGCCCCUUGCUACCGCUCUUAGACCACCUAAUGUUACCCCACCCAUUCCAGAGGUACCAUUUGACAAGGCAGUACCUGUGGGAAAGAGAGAUAUCUUACUUCGGGAAGGACCUGAAGCAUUUGCUAAGGCUGUGAGGAACAAUCCUGGUCUAAUGUUAACAGAUACCACCUUUAGAGAUGCACAUCAAUCCUUACUAGCAACACGUGUGAGAACCUAUGAUCUUAAGAACAUCUCACCCUUCGUAGCACACAACUUUCACAACUUGUUCAGUGUAGAAAACUGGGGAGGUGCUACAUUUGAUGUUGCUAUGCGCUUUCUUCAUGAGUGUCCUUGGGAGAGGUUAGAGACGUUACGAGAACUGAUCCCAAACAUCCCAUUCCAGAUGCUUCUCAGGGGAGCCAAUGCUGUAGGAUAUACUUCAUAUCCUGAUAAUGUUGUGUACAAGUUCUGUGACCUUGCCCAUAAGAGUGGAAUGGAUAUCUUCCGUGUCUUUGACUGUCUUAACUACCUACCAAACCUGAUCCUUGGUAUGGAAGCUGCAGGAGCUUCGGGUGGUGUAGUGGAAGCUGCUAUCUCAUACAGCGGAGAUGUAUCUGAUCCAUCUAGGACCAAAUACACCUUGGACUAUUAUACUGACCUAGCAACAGAGCUUGUUAAAGCUGGUACUCAUAUCCUCUGUAUAAAGGAUAUGGCUGGUCUUCUGAAGCCCAAGGCUGCAACCAUCCUAGUCUCUGAGCUACGAGAUAGAUUCCCUGACAUGCCACUACACAUCCAUACACAUGAUACCUCUGGUGCAGGCGUGGCUGCUAUGUUAGCCGCUGCUGAAGCAGGAGCUGAUGUUGUAGAUGUAGCAGUAGACUCGCUAUCAGGGAUGACAUCACAACCUAGUAUGGGAGCUGUUGUCGCAGCUCUUGAAAACACUGGCAUGGAUACAGGUGUUGCACUGGAGGAAGUCUUCAAAUACAGUUCAUAUUGGGAAGUGGCACGUCAGCUGUAUGCUCCAUUUGAAUGCACAGUCACUAUGAAGAGUGGAAACGCUGAUAUCUAUCGUAAUGAGAUCCCAGGAGGACAGUAUACAAAUCUUCAGUUCCAAGCAUUCAGUCUUGGUCUAGGUAGCCAGUUUGAUGAAGUCAAGAAGGCCUAUGUUCAAGCCAAUCAACUACUUGGAGAUCUUAUCAAGGUAACACCAUCAUCUAAGGUAGUAGGAGACCUUGCUCAGUUCAUGGUACAGAAUAAACUCACUCCAGAGCAGGUAGAAGAGAAGGCUGAUGAACUCUCCUUUCCUAAGUCUGUUGUGGAGUUCUUGCAGGGUCAUAUUGGACAACCAUAUGGGGGUUUUCCUGAACCUCUCAGGUCUAAGGUAACAAAGGGACUUGCUACUGUAGAUGGGAGACCAGGAGAAUCUCUUCCAUCUCUUGACUUUGAUGCUCUGAAGGCUGAACUCAUUGCUCAGCAUGGGAAAUGGAUACGAGAUAGUGAUGUCGUUAGUUCUGCCCUCUAUCCUAAAGUCUUUGAAGAUUUUGCCAACUUCAAGAAAGACUUUGGACCAGUGAACACUCUUGAUACCAAGAUAUUCUUGGUUGGUCCUAACAUUGCAGAGGAAUUCAAUGUAGAGAUCGAGAAAGGCAAGACACUUCACAUUACCCUCCUAGCCAUGGGUGAUCUCAACAAGAAGACUGGAGAGAGGGAAGUCUUCUUUGAACUCAACGGUCAACUCAGAUCAGUUCUCAUAAAAGAUAAUGCUGCUAUGAAGGAAUUACACGUCCAUCCUAAGGCUGUGAAGUCAGUGAAGGGAUCGGUAGGUGCCCCCAUGCCAGGAGAGGUGAUUGAUGUCCGGGUUCAAACCGGUGAUAAGGUAGAGAAGGGUGCACCAUUGAUUGUACUAAGUGCAAUGAAGAUGGAGAUGGUUGUCAGUGCACCUAUGUCAGGAGUGGUCAAAUCUAUAUCGGUCAAGAAAGGAACACCUGUAGAUGGAGAUGACCUUCUGGUGGACAUUGAGUAAUGAUGAGGUUUCUUCAGAACUCCCUGGUGAGUAGGAUGGUGAUGGUAAAUUCAAUACGAACAUUGAGAUAAGAACUGGAAUUUAUCGGAUAUUACAAGAAGUACUUGACCCAGAUGUUAAGGCUGUAUUCUGCACUCUGUUACGCAAUGAUUUGCAAUCAAUUGAUAUCAAACAACAACCAAUUAAAAUCAUUGUUACAUGUGCAUUUUUUCAAAUUCUGAUCAGGAACCAAUAAGGAGUGUUCUAUAUAAUUAAAAUCAAUAGCAAAAUUUUGUUAUGCGAAACAGGUUUCCUAACAUCACAUUGAUUAUGACGGACAUUGAAAUGGUAUUAUUUACUGGUGUUAUACUACAAUGAGUAGAAUCAUGUUACUAUGAAAGUCUAGAAGACAUUAUCAAAGCCAAAUUGUGCUAAGUGCCAUCAUUAACUCAUGUCAAAUUAAUUGCAGUUGAGCGUCUGUUCAAAAAUGUAUUAUUGCUUCUCAGUCAUAUACAGUCAGUCCGCAAGCCCUGAAAAAGUAGCUUCUUUUAUCCAAGUGAUAUUCAUGACUAGAGGGUUUUUGCAUAGUUAAUGAGCUUGGUGCGAACCAAAACACCUCUUUUUAUUUGGCCAUUGCUGCUCUAAAUAUUGACCAAAUUUCAUGUUUUUGGUAUCUUUGUAAGGAAGAAGAAUCAUUCUUUUAGGUCAUGUGUUUGGAUUUUUAAAAGAAUGUUGUAAUAUAGGUAAAACUUUUGAUCUAAAACAUGAAACAAAAUAUUUUUUUUCAUGCAACAAAAGUUGUUGUUUUCACACUUAAUUUCUGUUUGGGCACAAAUGAUUUUUAAAUCAUGAUAAAGCUGAAGAUCUAAGCUUUAAUAUGGUAUAAUUUUUAUAAGAAGAUGUAUUUUAGAUGGGUCAGCAGCCAGCUUUUCAUAGGCCAAGUACAUUUUGCAGCUCAAAAACAAGAAUACUGCGCUCUGAUUGGUUAUAGACUCCACACACCCACGCAAAUUCCAAUGUUCCCCACACUGGGCCUCUGCAAGGUCACACUCACCAUGUGGUAAUCUCUUCAAAUUACCCGCGCCUGUUUGUUUUGAAAACAGUAUUCAGCCAAUCAGAACUCUGGAUUUUAUGUUACUCAGAAAUUUCAGAAAUCUCGUCUUGCAUCUUGAUGGAAAUAACUGGCUGCUGACCCAUCUAAAAGAUGCCACAUAUCAAGAGUGACAUUUUAAGAAAGUAUAGAGUUUGAGCUUUCUGAUGAUAUAAAUAAUGUUGGUGCCUGAAACACAAAAUGUUGCACAAUUUACAAGUGAAAACAGAGGAAGAAAAUUCUGUUUGAUGCAUCUUUUCAGGUAAAAAAUUCACUUAUUUAUCAAAAUAUUUCAUUCAAAAGAAAUGACCAAUAUAAAAGGGUAACAUUUACUCUUGCCCAUGGUACAAAAAUAAUCAAUAUUACUCAAGAAGAAAGUGGUUAAAUUCUUUGAGAAAGAAAGUCUCACAAUUCACGAGAUUUUGCAGGGACAUGAAUUCAGCCACGAGAGGACUUGGAUAAAUCUUGCUCAUUUGCUCAUUAACACAGGGGCUUGCGGACUGACUGUAUAUAGUGCAAAUUGAUUGCAGUGUCUAGGAUCAAAUUAUAGCUGUCAAUUUGAACAAGAAAGGACAAUUUUCACCUUGUAUGCUAAUGCAAAAUGUCUCUGGGAAAUUCCCUCUUCAUGAUGUAGAAGAGUAACCAGAUAUAAGCUGUCAUUUCCAUGGAAUUUGAUUGUAUGUCCAAUAUUUAUGGUUUAAUACAAUUCAAUGUGAGUGAUCCAGGGUUAAAUUAAGAAGUGUUUCACAAGUGAUAAAAUACAUUCACAUGAAAUGUUAUAUUACAUAUACACAUUGUCACUUACAUUUGACCUAGACAAUAAAUCUUACACUUCAUCAAAAGAGUCAAAGAUCAACUCAGUCAUAGUCAUUCAGUAAAGUGAAAUAGAUGUUGUUGUUUUUUUUUUUUCAUUUCUAUUGUUGUUGUCAUUAAUAAAAACUGGUUGAAGCGUAAUGAUCAUUUGCAAUCGGUGCUAAUCGACAACUCAUGAGAUUUUAUGCUGAUUAUUGUAUGAAUCCACUAUCUAAUCUCUGAUCACUAGAUUAGAGAUUUCAGUAGACGACAAACUAAACCAACAUAGACUGGGUUUUGGUUAGGGAUCAUCUUCUGGGUUUUCUAAGUGCAAGAUUGGAGACAUUUAUUGGUCCAAAGUUGGUGAAUAAGGAUGAGUUUUUCCACAGAUGAACGGUUAUCUGAGAAUACAUGCAUACUAUCAUCAACAUCCAUUCAAUAAGUGUGUUAUCUGACAUGAUUUGCAUUAUUUUCAGUGCAAUUAUCUCUUCCAUUGUGCUGUUCAUUCCAUUUAUAUGAUUUGAAUCCAUGAAUCAUUAUUAGUUUAAUCAGUAAUAAUGCACAUUAAUAUUAGUCUCAUUCCCAAUUUCAAAUCUGAUGCAUAGUUUUACACCCAUCUCAUAAUAGGGAACAUUUAGCAGUUUGAUGAAAUAGUGUAUGAUUUUUAUGGUUUACAAAAUGUGAAUUGAUACCAGGGUAUUUUUUAUCAUGAAAUUUGAAAUAUGAUCAUAUUCAUUUGAUUGAAGUAAUCAGUAUACAUGUAUUAUGUAAUCUUUGUUAUUCAUUGAUAGCAAUGUGACAUGGCAAGAAUGUGGCAAAAGCUUGAUAUUGCCUCUGAUAUUGGAGCAAAAAAAUACAAAAUUUUAUAUGUCUAAUGGUAGGUGUAAAUGUGUUAUCAGAUUAUAUGUAUGCCAAGGCUAAUGUACUCUCAUAUAUUUUCAGAGGUUGAAGAUAUAUUUAUAUUUAUUACUUAUUAUGUGAUGUGUCAAUGUUUCCAUAAUACUGUAAGUGGAAAAGUAAGAGCAAAAUUAACCAGUUCUGCAUGAUGAUGUGCUUGUCAAAAAUGAUGUGUGAUUCAUUGUAUUCCUAUAUAUAUUCCUGUAUAUCUCGUUGCAGGUGAAAUUAAAGCAGAAAGAAUGGGGGUAUUCAACAUUAGAUUGGAAAAAUAAUUAUGCUUUUUUUGUCUUAGAUACUGUGAAAGUAGGUGAGAAGGGGAUUGCAUACAUGUAUUAUUGAUAUUACAAAAGUUUAUUUGGAUAGCAUUGGUAUUAUUGAAUCCCUGAUAUACUGUAUAUUUUAGUCCAUAUUGUCAAGUUUUCUUUGCAUCACCUUUCAUCCUUUAUUUUCGAGCCCUUUAAAAUCCUGAUAUGGAUUUUAACAAUAUGUUUAAUGCUAUAGUAUGUUAAAGUGAACUAUGUUGGUUAUCAUGGGAUAUGUACUAUGGACUUCCCUUACUGUAUGUCCUGUUGCUAUGUUUGCCUGAAAUAUGUAUGCAUUUGUCUCUUCAUUUAUGUUAAGCAAGCAUUCACCAUAUUAUGUUAUGGGAUACAACAAUUUUCAUUAUAAACAAUAUUACGCAAUAGGUACUGUUGACAUUUACAUGGAGUGUCACAGUAUGCAGACGCACAAUGUUUCGAGCUUAUAUUUUUUUAUUUUACAUGAUUAUGAUAUAGUGAAAAUUUAUCAGCAGUAUUAAUCAUGCUGUAUUGGUUUUGGUCACUUCCAGUAAGAUUUUUUUUAUGGUCCUGAAUUGUGCAAAGUUUGAUGGUCUAUUAUUUUUAGGGCAAGUUGAGCUUUUCAUUCAUCUCCCGCUUUGGAAAAUGUAAAUCAUAGCACAAUGUACACUAUCUAAUAUGAUGAAAACUUUUAAGUGAAGAUAUUUAGAUUUUAAGUUUGUAAGUUACUUUUUCAUUUCAUUAACCCAUUGUUAUUUACAGUCACUCUUUACACAUAUUUUAAGGUUAAUAAUAGUAAUUUUCUCGACAAUAUCAAUUAUUUUGACAACCAUUCAAAAUCGAAUAAAAAUAAUUCAGAGUGCAUCGUUAGUUACAAAAACUUAACAUACACAAAUUUAUCUCUCUCUCUCUCUCUCUCUCUCUCUCUCUUUCUCUUUAUCUGACUAUUUUAUUGACUUGGUUAUGGUGCUCAACCUGGGGUGACCUAAUUCAUCUCUUUAAGUAUUAUAACCAUGAAUGAUGCAGUAGCAUUGUAUGCCUGCCAAUUGUAUUACUAUUACAUAUCAUUUAAAUUUGUGUGUGACCACUGAAUUUGUGGAAAUAAAAAUUG